AUGAAGAAAAUCAAUAAAACUACCGAUUCUGAUAACCCUCUUCCAGUUAAGACAUUGCAGAAAUAUAAUGAUGCAUUUGACUUACUGAGAUCCAACAUGGAAGGGACCUACGAAGAUUGCCGACAAAUACGCGAGAACAUCGUCAUCGAUUCUGAAGGUUUGAGUCUCAGCUGCAGCCCAUACUGCAUUCGUGCGGUUGGAAUAUGCUCUGAUGCAAAUGAACGUUGGAAAUCUACAAUGGAAGACACCAGGGUUUUCCAGGAUUAUUUUGGGAAUGACAUCAACAAGUGUUUUUUUGGAAUUUACGAUGGUCACCACGGACGUUUUGCCGCAGAGGUGGCAGCGAAUGAUUUGCACCACUACUUACUGCACGAGAUGACUAAGUUUGACGUGGAUACCUCAUGUGUGUGUGCUGUCAAUCUUGUCGAAAAUAAUGACCUAUCGGAUUAUGAUUUGAACCGUCCUCCUCGUGAUACAAGAUCUGAAAGCAUUCGUCAUGUUCUCCAUGAAGAAAGUAAAAACAUAAUCCAACAAAUCAUGCACACGUGUGAGGUAAACCUUGAAAAACUUUCUGGACUACAGGGUUCAUCAAAAGAUUCGCCAAAAAAGACAAAAAAGAAACAUUCAAAGGAUCCAUUUUCCGAACGAAUGGGACAUGCGUUUAGGAGAGCGUAUCGAAAAACUGAUGAUAUCCUCAAACUAGGGCAAGAUGAGAGGUCGCGAGUAAGGUGGAGCGGUUGUUCGGCACUUACAUGCGUUAUACAAAAUACAAAAAUGAAAUCAGAUGAAGAUGAGUCGGAUGACGAAAAAGAAAAUAAUGAUGAAGUAAAUGAGAAUGAGGAAAAGAAAUCAAAACAAAUCAAACCACCAGAAGAGAAAGGCGUCAUACACUUAGCGAACACAGGUAAUAUCCAUGCUGUACUGAGUCGCGAUGGAAAAGCUUAUCGGUUAACGAGAGAUCAUACGCCCAACAAUCACAACGAACGUGUCAGGGUUAGCAAAGCAGGCGCUAAUGUCGCUGUAAGCGAGAAAGGGUCAAGGGUUAAUGGGGUUUUAGAUACUACACGUGGCAUUGGUAACCAUGGUGAUCCACCCCUCAAGAAGGCUGUCAUCUGUGAACCGUAUGCGACUAGCGUUGUGAUUGAUCAGUAUGCAGAGUUUUUAAUUUUAGCUAACAAUGGUGUGUGGGAGGUAUUUUCGGAGGAUGAAGCCGUUGCGCUGUUGACGAAAAUGCUAUCCAAAGCAGAAUCAGCAACAAAGAGCCAGAAUGUUAAAGAUUUAGAAUUGCUGUAUGCAAAGGAACACAGCCAAGUGGGAAGCACUCUCUCACCGUCUUUGUUUUCUUCAGAGUCUGAUGCCCGACCUUUGAGUCAGAGGUCACAGAGGUCAGAAGGUAGAGGUCAAAGUGAUGAUAAGGUAGACAGUCUAGGAAGUAACACUCCUCCACUGCGAAAAACUUCCAGUGUUCUUCCACCUUCCAGAACGGGUAUGUUAGAAGACAUCAGCGAGUCGCCCGAACACAGGAUGGCACCAUUGGAUAGAACGAUUGGGUCGAAUAAUAAUGAUUCAAAUCUUAAAAAUGGAAAUAAUGAUUUAGUGCAGAAGGCUAGGAAACAAAGCAGCAGUUCGUCAGUUUGCAACCGUGAUGGUGGUACGGAUGAAGCAAAACAGGAUGAGGAGUCAAGGCAAUAUGCAAAUGUGAGCAAUAAUCAAAAUGAGACUGAUGAGAAAUUAAGCAAUCCCCAUGACAACAAUAAUGGUUUGGAUAAUACAGAGAGACCAAUUGUUAGCGGUAAAAGUGAUAGAAGUCGGCGUAGCCGAGUAACUAUUGCAGACGACUUACAGACUGAAGUCGGUAGCCAGAUAUCUUUUGGCUCGAGCAACGAUGAUGAAGAUGAUGACGGCUGCGAUGCCGAUGUGGAAACAUUAACCGAGCUGCAUUCUUUUUAUGGUCAAUCACGAAUGUCUGAACCACCUUAUAAAUAUGAUUUACACUGUCAGCUUGCGAAGAGCAUGGGUGAGCGGUUGGUGCACGCUGCGUUGCUAGCCGGAUCAAAAGAUAACAUUACGGCUAUGGUUAUCCUACUACCAGGAUGUAAACUAAAAAUCUAG